CACUCGCUUAUAUUCAAGUUCUUCAUUUAUUCCGUGAAUACAGUCGCGAGCAGUCGCACCGCACCUGAGAGUAUUAUGUGUCAUGAAGAAGUGUUUGUUAUCUCAAAAAGCGACUAGGAAAUAUAAUCUGAGUGUCUGAUUCUCAGUGAAGCAAUUUUUUCGAAAAAAUUUUCCUAUAUAUAGAGGCCCUGUCUGCACGAAAGAUUAUUGUUCAGUGAUACGUCGUUUGAGUGUUUUUAUAAAGAAAGAAAUUUUAUCAAAAAUAUUGCAAUAAAAAAAAGUUAUGACUGUUGCUGACAGCAAUUAAAAGAAAAGAAAAGAAGCAUUUUUGCAUAUAAAUUGUUACUGAAAAACCCGAAAUUUAUUUAAUUCCAAACGACCUGUUGCAAGUGAUUUCACUGUCGUGAAAGUUUCUGGAAAAAAAAGAGAAGAAGAAAUAUUAAUAAACCAGUUAUCCGUUCGCGAAUAAAAAAAAAUGGAAUCGAUAGAAUCAGAGCAAAUUGAGGUGACAGAGUCUGAGCCAUUUCUUGGACCAUUGGAUAUUGUUUUGCUCGUUAUUUUGAUAGCAGCCGCAGCUUGGUGGUUACUAAAAAAUAAAAAGAGCAACAAUGAAUCUAAUUCUGCACGAUCAUAUUCAAUUCAACCCACAACAGUCAACACCAUGACUAUGGCUGAGAAUUCCUUCAUAAAGAAACUAAAAGCAUCUGGAAGGAGUUUAGUUGUCUUCUAUGGAUCACAGACUGGGACAGCUGAGGAAUUUGCGGGGCGCUUAGCCAAGGAGGGUAUGCGCUAUCAAUUGAAAGGCAUGGUGGCUGAUCCUGAAGAGUGUGACAUGGAGGAACUUUUAAAUCUCAAAACAAUAGACAAUUCUCUAGCUGUCUUCUGUCUGGCAACAUACGGUGAAGGAGAUCCAACUGACAAUGCUAUGGAAUUCUACGAAUGGAUUAAAAAUGGGGAUGUGGACUUGACCGGGCUUAAUUAUGCCGUCUUUGGUUUGGGAAAUAAAACCUACGAGCACUACAAUAAGGUGGCUAUUUAUGUUGACAAACGUCUGGAGGAACUUGGUGCCACGAGGGUGUUCGAGUGUGGCCUCGGAGAUGAUGAUGCAAACAUUGAAGAUGACUUUAUUACAUGGAAAGAUCGUUUCUGGCCAGUAGUUUGCGAUUACUUUGGCAUUGAGAGUACAGGCGAGGAUAUUCUUGUGCGUCAGUAUCGCCUCCUUGAACAGCCCGAUGUGACUCCAGACCGCAUUUACUGCGGUGAAGUUGCUCGGCUACACUCCCUGCAGAAUCAGAGACCGCCUUUCGAUGCAAAGAACCCAUAUUUAGCACCAAUUCGCAUUAACAGGGAGCUCCACAAGGGCGGUGGGCGGUCGUGUAUGCAUGUUGAAUUCGAUAUUGAGGGAUCAAAGAUGCGCUACGAAGCUGGAGAUCAUUUGGCCAUGUAUGCAGUGAAUGAUAGUUCUCUUGUUGAGCGUUUGGGUGAGCUGUGCAAGGCAGAUCUGGAUCAAGUAUUCUCUCUCAUUAAUACGGACACUGAGAGUAGCAAGAAGCAUCCAUUCCCUUGUCCUACAACAUACCGCACGGCUUUGACGCAUUACUUGGAAAUUACUGCAAUUCCACGAACGCACAUUCUCAAAGAAUUGGCGGAAUAUUGCUCAGAUGAGAAGGAUAAGGAAUUCCUUCGUUUCUUGUCUUCCACAACGGCCGAAGGGAAGGCAAAGUAUCAAUCGUGGGUGCAGGAUGCCACUAGGAAUAUUGUACACAUUCUAGAGGAUACACCAUCAUGUCGUCCACCUAUUGAUCAUGUUUGUGAAAUUCUACCUCGACUGCAGCCACGAUACUAUUCGAUAUCUUCCUCAUCGAAGUUGUAUCCGCAAACAGUGCAUAUAACAGCUGUUCUAGUCAAAUAUGAAACAGCCACAGGGCGCGUCAAUAAGGGUGUUGCCACUAACUUCUUGGCAGCUCAGCGUCCAGAAGGUGAUCCACUACCGCGUGUGCCAAUAUUUAUUCGAAAGAGUCAAUUCCGUCUACCGACAAAACCCGAAAUUCCCAUUAUUAUGAUAGGCCCCGGAACGGGUCUAGCACCCUUCCGUGGUUUUAUACAAGAAAGGGAUAAUUGUCGGCGGGAAGGACAAAAUGUAGGAGAUACUAUUUUAUAUUUUGGUUGCCGUAAGAAGGCAGAAGAUUUCCUCUAUGAAGAGGAACUUAAUGAAUUUGUCAACAAAGGCUCUCUGCAACUUCGUGUGGCCUUCUCUAGGGAGCAAGAAAAGAAAGUUUACGUUACACAUUUACUACAGGAGGAUAGCGAUAAGGUGUGGGAUGUAAUUGGAGAGAAGAAAGGACACGUUUACAUAUGCGGUGAUGCUAAAAAUAUGGCGCUCGAUGUACGUAAUAUUCUACUGAAUGUCAUCCAAACCAAAGGAAAUCUAUCAGAGAGCGAAGCGCAGCAAUAUUUGAAGAAGAUGGAAGCACAAAAGAGAUAUUCAGCGGAUGUUUGGAGCUAAUUAUGGAAUAUAAUAUGUUCGAAUUUUAACAUAAUUAUUAUUUAAAUUUGGUUCCAUUCCAUUUCAUUACGUUUUUUUUUAAAUGUGUAGCAAAGAAUCAUGUGCGUCUCACUAGAAUUCAAACAAAAAUACAUUUUUUUCUGGAGAGGUAAUGAAGAAGCUGUUUAGUAAGUACAAUUUGUAAAAGAAAAAUUGUACGAUGGAUUUACUUUUGUUAUAGAAUGUUUAUUUAGAUAAAAAAGAAAAAAGCAACAAAUUGUUUAUGUGAACGAGAGUUGCGUUAAUUAUGUUAAAUAAAUAAAAUGGUCACAUAGUAGAGGGAUUUAGUUAAAAGAAAAUUAUGCGUAUUUUUUUUCUUCUGUUGAAAUCUAAAUGUUUUUUUUUUGCCUUGUGAUAGAUUUUACUUUAGAAAAUAUAGUAGAUGUGAAAUGAGGAAAAAAAAUUGACGAGAAGAGGGUAAUUUUUGUUAUUAAAUUGAUAAAUUUAUUCUGACGUGAACAGAUUCGUUACGAGUAGAGUUUAGUAGAAAAAAUUGUUAAGGUUAAAAUUUGUCAAUAUUUACUAUUUUAUUGUAAAUUAUGGUGUUUGAAAAAGCCACAAACUAAUAGAUUUUUGUAAAAUUUUAAUAUACAUUUAUAUACUUUAAUGUAAAA